AUGCCUUUCUUUCCAAUGGGCACUGGCGUUCAAGAUGAGUCAGGCCCUUCUCGAAGAGACAGCACAGCUUCGUUCAGUUCCAUGAUGCAUCCUCCUCCUUCACCCGCCACACAGGUCAAGAACCGUCGCAAACGCUACCUGGACAUGCACCCAGAGUAUUUCUCUGCUGACCUUGAGCUCGCCGACCCCCUACUUUAUGAUCGCCUGAUCCGACGAUUCCAAACCCCCGCAGAACGGGAAGCCGAGGGCCGCGCGAAAGGAUUCUCGGGUGUAUUACAAGCAGAUAUCCUUCGAUCGGAGGCGAAACUGGAGGCCCUUUCUCACCCCGACCCUCACGCGAUGUUCAGCUACACCCGUGGACCGAACGGGGAGAUUCUCGCGGAAGAGCGAGAUGAGAUCCCGACGAACAAGGAGGACGGAGAACAGGCUUGGAAAUGGGAAAUGACUCUCCGGUUUUUGAGAGGAGAGGAUGCCGAUUUUGACUAUUUAGCGGUUGAUGAUAACGAUGAGUACGACGACUGGUCCGAGGAACAAGAAAAGUACUUUGAGGACGAAGAGCCGGAGUGGGUCGUUGAGGGGGCGGAGGGCGAAGAUGCGAAAUCGCACCUACAGGGUGAGACUGGUAUUCAAGAUUUCUGA